UGCACCUUGUGUUGACAUCUGCCGGUAGCGUACUCACACACUGACUGUUGGACUUGUACGUGGCGCUUUAGGAAGCAGUUGAAGCAUCAUUUCGUCCCACGUGUCUCAUUCACUCUCCCACGAACGCAGCCAGCCUGUUCACAGGUUCCAGGAGAACCAUAGAGCCAGAAGAACCUAGAUCCAGGAGAACCAUAGAGCCAGAAGAACCUAGAUCCAGGACACCAGGUGUGUGGGGAGGGAAACAGACACAAUGUCUCCUCCUCGACUCACAGGAGCACUUCGGUCCUUCUCCAGUGUCAGCAAGAAGGAGGACUUCAGCGAACAGCUCUAUGAUCUAAAGGCCAAGCGUCUGAAGAGACAGGAGCUGUUUGCCAGAGAGGGCCUGACGUGGCAGAAGAUUGUCCAUUUCUGCACCGAGCAUCAGGACAAAAGUCAGCAGCAAGCUGCCAGUCAGGAGCUGAAGAGCCUGCUCCUGGCAGCCAAACAGAUGGUGGCUUCUGAACUCGGUCAGGCGGUGGGUGAAAGCGCAGCCGUGUUCCUGUUUGAAACCUUCCACAACAAAGACCACGUUGGUACAGAGGAGACUCGGGCCAUCAAACACAUGUUCGGUCCCUUUCCAUCAUCGGCAGCUGAAGCGUCCUGCGCCUCUGUGGGUCGACUGGUGGCUUUGCUCGGUGACUCCCGAGUUGAAGACUUUAUCCAGAGCCAACGCUCCUGCCGCAACCUGGACCGAAGCGCCGCUUUUGGGCGCAACAUUGCUUUCUCACAUGACGGUUACACACUCGACCCACUGGAGGGGCUGCCCUUCUCCGGUAUCCAGGAAGAGAGUGCCAGCUUGGAUUUCAUCAACUUUUUCAACAACCAAAAGAGCGGCAAGAAGGGCAUCAGUGAAGAGGCUCCAUCCAGUACAGGAAGCCCCCUGACCCCGGGGGAUGGCUCCAUCCUUAGAACAGAAGUAGAUAAAUAUCUGUGUGGAGGCAACAUGAUGUCAUCCAACCCAGAGGAGCUGUGCACGUCUCUGUUUGAAAUGCUGGCCUCACACAGGAGCAACGAUGAGCUGCAGAACGAGCUGUUUGAGCUGCUCGGCCCAGAGGGGCUGGACAUGAUCUCAACCCUUCUGCAGCGAAGGGCGGCCAUUGUUGACUCCCUCCUCCGCAUCCAACCUGACAGGACUGUCUAUCCAUCAGAUCUCAGCCUCAAGGUCAGCGCUGAAGUGACCAAGCCCACCUACGGGUGCCAGGUGACCAUCCAAUCAGAGCAGGAGAAACAAAUGCUAAAGAUGUGUCGAAGGGAGGAGAAGAAAGAGAGGAAGAGAUUCAAAGGAGGCGAUGAGGGUGACUCUACGGAUGCUCUCCUGACCUUUGACCCCAGAGAGAUGAGAGCCCAGCGAGAGCAGGCCCUGCUGACUGCCCGCCACGAACCUGUGCUGAGCAGAGACAGGGUCUACGAGCGGAUCCGAUAUCCCAACGUCUACGACAACCUCGCAGAGGCCACGAAGACGGCUGCGUUUGUGGGAGGAGCCAGGAUGCUGCUGCCCGAGGGAAUCCGCAGAGAAAACUGUAAGAUGUACGAAGAAGUGGAGAUCCCACCCAAUGAGCCCAUGCCUGUUGGGUUUGAAGAAAAGCCCGUCUACAUCUCUGAAAUAGACGAGUCACCAUUAGGCCAAGCAAGAGAGAGCAGCAGGCUGGAGAACCUGCAGCUGAGUUCGAGCUGUCUUAGAGAGGAGCAGGACUGCAUCAGAGUGCACACUCAUCGAAAGCGCUGCUCUGAUGCUGCUGUUGAAGAUGCAGCAGAAGAUCACGUCAUGGAGACACCAACAAUUGGACUGGUUCUGAUGGUCUGGUUUUGGGAGGUUGGGGGGGACGAGAGUAAAGACACAACGCUGCCGGUCAUCUUCUGGUCUCAGCUCUGGAUGCUCACAGAGAGCGAGCUGCUCCAUCCACAGUGGGAUGAUGCCUCUCUGUGA